AUGUCGGUUAUGGGACCAACUGAUGUGGUAAGUGGUUUUCACAUCGGAGAAAAUGUCCCUGGCUUAUCCAAUUAUAAACUCUAUCUUCAUCAUUACAAUUACCAUAAUGGCUUUGAUAUCUCCAAUCUCUACACGCAAGAGCUCCAAUCAGCCUUAGAACUCUUUCAGACAACUUUCCAUCUCUCUCCCAUUGAGCAGCCUGACUAUGAAACAAGUUUGCUGAUCUUAGCAUCGCGAUGCAACCUUUGUGAUAUUAUACUAGAGAAUAGCAGAAUGAUGUUUGAAAAGUCAUUGUUGCCAAAAUGGAAGAAAGAGUUCACCUAUGCUUUUUCACCUGAAAAUGAUACAAAGUUGUCAAGACUUGUGUUCUCAUACGCCUUUGACCUGUGGUCCAGGAUGAUGGGAUUGUCCUUUAUUGAAGACGUCGUUGUGGAAUGA